ACGGUAUUUCCCCUUCUGAUCGCUUCCGUUUGCGCUUGCGCGAACUCAUUGAAGCGCCGCAGCCCGACGAGCGGGCAAAAAGCUCGCGCAUGACUUUUAGGGAUACUUUCUAACGCCAUCUACCGUCCUCCCUUCCCAAUUCACUCGGCUAUCUUCGUCAUUUUCCGAGGCGCCCCCUCCCCCCUCCCCGUCUGCCUGACCCUGGAAUCUCAGCAGAGACUGAGGAGAGAGAGGGAGAGAGACGAAGGCAGGAACCGCCGUCGCGGGGGCUGGAAGAUGGCGGUUAGGAUGGGGAGGAGGCGGCGGCAGCAGCACGAGCAGCAGGCACUGGGCUGGGGAAAAAGGCAGCGGGGCUUGUCGCGCCGACGAGGCUGAGGAACGUAACGUUCCCGCCGCCGCGUCUCUUGGAAGCUCUUUAUUUCCCCAGACACUUCUUCCCAGCUGCUUAGCGGCUCCCCUCCUUUCGACUCGCCGCUUUCCCACCGGCCCGGGAUGGACCUCGGCGCUGCGCUUUCCCAGUUGGCAGCUUUGCUGUGGGAGCGUCCUCCUCGUCGAGGCUUGCUGCCGUUGCCUUGAGACGCCGCCUUUCUGCCGCUGGUUCCUGAGGGGGAGAGGCGGGCUCCGCGGGCUGAGUGUCUCGCUCCGCGCGAAGCAGGAGAACUCGCUGCUGGGUGGUGGGACCUCACGCUGCCUCUGCCCUCGCUAGGGAAGAUGUCGGAUACCAAGGUGAAAGUGGCCGUCAGAGUCCGGCCCAUGAACAGGAGAGAGCUGGAGUUGAAUACCAAGUGCGUUGUGGAGAUGGAAGGGAAUCAGACUGUGUUAUAUCCUCCACCUUCAAACAGCAAGCAGGGAGAAAACAGAAAAUCACCUAAGGUGUUUGCCUUUGAUUACUGCUUCUGGUCUAUGGACGAAUCAAACUCUGCAAAAUAUGCAGGUCAGCAAGUAGUGUUCAAGUGCCUUGGUGAAGGAAUUCUUGAGAAGGCCUUUCAGGGUUAUAAUGCUUGCAUUUUUGCCUACGGACAGACAGGCUCAGGAAAAUCCUUCUCAAUGAUGGGCAACACAGAGCAACUGGGUUUGAUCCCACGCCUCUGCUGUGCAUUAUUUCAGAGAAUAACUUUAGAAGAAAAUGAUUCACACAGUUUUAAAGUUGAAGUGUCUUAUAUGGAAAUCUAUAAUGAAAAGGUCAGAGAUUUACUGGACCCUAAAGGGAGUCGACAGUCCCUCAAAGUUCGUGAGCACAAAGUUUUGGGUCCAUAUGUAGAUGGUUUGUCUCAGCUAGCUGUUACCAGCUUUGAGGAUAUUGAAUCAUUGAUGUCGGAGGGAAACAAGUCCCGAACAGUUGCAGCAACCAACAUGAAUGAGGAAAGCAGCCGCUCCCAUGCUGUAUUUAAUAUUAUAGUAACUCAGACACUUUAUGACCUGCACUCUGGUAACUCUGGAGAGAAAGUGAGCAAAGUCAGCCUUGUAGAUUUGGCUGGUAGUGAAAGAGUAUCUAAAACAGGAGCAGCAGGAGAACGUCUGAAGGAAGGCAGCAAUAUAAACAAGUCACUCUCAACACUAGGUUUAGUUAUCUCGUCACUUGCAGACCAAGCAGCAGGAAAGGGGAAAAACAAAUUUGUGCCUUACAGAGACUCUGUACUCACCUGGCUUCUCAAGGACAACUUGGGAGGAAAUAGCCAAACAGCCAUGAUAGCAACAAUUAGUCCAGCAGCUGAUAAUUAUGAAGAAACACUCUCUACACUGAGAUAUGCAGACAGAGCUAAAAGGAUAGUUAAUCAUGCUAUAGUAAAUGAAGAUCCAAAUGCCAGGGUCAUCAGAGAACUACGUGAAGAAGUAGAGAAACUAAGAGUGCAACUUUCUCAGGCAGAGGCCAUGAAGGCACCAGAAUUAAAGGAAAAAUUGGAGGAAUCUGAAAAACUAAUAAAAGAACUGACUGUCACCUGGGAGGAGAAGUUAAGGAAAACAGAAGAAAUUGCACAGGAGAGACAAAGGCAACUAGAGAGUAUGGGAAUUUCUCUUGAAACUUCUGGUAUUAAGGUUGGGGAAGACAAGUGCUAUCUGGUGAAUCUAAAUGCAGAUCCUGCACUCAAUGAAUUACUGGUUUACUAUUUGAAGGAUCACACAAGGGUUGGUGCAGAUACCUCUCAGGAUAUACAGCUGUUUGGCAUAGGGAUCCAGCCAGAGCAUUGUGAAAUAGACAUUGCACCAGAUGGGGAAGUUUCUGUCUUGCCAAAAGAAAAUGCAAGAUCCUGCGUAAAUGGCACGCUAGUAUGUUCUGUGACACAGUUGUGGCAUGGAGAUAGAAUCUUAUGGGGAAACAACCACUUCUUCAGAAUCAAUCUACCUAAGAGAAAGCGACGAGAUUGGUUGAAAGACUCUGAAAAAGAGCUGCUGAUAGCGGAACAUGAUCUAGAUGCCGAUAGCGAAGCUUCGUCAGAACCAGACUAUAACUAUGAAUUUGCACAAAUGGAAGUGAUAAUGAAAACCCUGAAUAGCAAUGAUCCAGUACAAAAUGUGGUUCAGAUCUUGGAAAAACAAUACUUGGAAGAAAAACGUAGUGCUUUGGAAGAACAGCGGAUGAUGUAUGAGCGUGAGCUGGAGCAACUCCGACAGCAACUCUGUCCAGAAAGGCGGUAUCAGCAUUCUAGUGACAGUCUUUCAGAAGUUGCCCAGACCACUCAGCAGAAAGUGAACCUCUGGUCAGAAGAGAGGGAUGAGUUAUUUCGACAGAGCCUGGCAAAACUAAGAGAGCAGAUAGUUAAGGCCAAUACGUUAGUGAGGGAAGCAAACUUCUUGGCUGAAGAAAUAGGCAAGCUAACAGAUUAUCAAGUGACACUGCAGAUUCCUGCUGCUAACCUGAGUGCAAAUAGGAAGAGAGGGGCAAUAGUAAGUGAACCAGCUAUUCAAGUAAGAAGAAAAGGAAAAGGUAUUCAAGUGUGGACCAUUGAGAAGCUGGAAAACAAGUUAAUUGACAUGAGAGAUCUGUAUCAAGAAUGGAAGGAAAGAGUCCAUGAGACAGAUAGACUUACUGGGAAAAGAGGUGAUCCUUUCUAUGAAGCACAAGAAAACCAUAAUUUAAUUGGCGUAGCGAAUGUCUUUUUGGAGUGCCUUUUCUGUGAUGUUAAACUUCAGUAUGCAGUGCCAAUAAUUAGCCAGCAGGGGGAGGUUGCAGGGCGUCUGCAUGUUGAAGUGAUGCGUGUCACUGGUAUUGUCCCAGAACGUGUAGUGGAAGGAGAUGAUUCUUCUGAAAACUCCAGUGAAAGUGGGAGCUUAGAAAUCAUGGACAACAAUGGAGAAAUUAUUCACAGACCAAAAAAUCUCACCUGCAGGGUAAAAAUUAAAGAAGCUACAGGGUUACCAUUGAAUCUCUCAAACUUUGUCUUUUGUCAAUACACCUUCUGGGAUCAGUGUGAGUCAACUGUUGCAGCACCAGUUGUGGACCCAGAUGUGCCUUCACCUCUGAUGAAGGAUCCUGAAUUUACAGUGAUUUUCUGUCAUUGUAAGGAUUAUGUGGUGAAUGUAACAGAAGAAUUUCUAGAGUUCAUUGCAGAUGGAGCACUUGCUAUUGAGGUAUGGGGUCACAGAUGUGCUGGAAAUGGCAGUUCCAUAUGGGAGCUGGAUUCUCUUCAUGCAAAAACCAGAACCUUGAGAGACAGGUGGAAUGAAGUCACACGUCAAAUAGAAAUGUGGGUUUCAAUUCAAGAACUGAAUGAAAUGGGGGAUUAUACAGCUGUGGAACUCCACCAGGCAAAGGAUGUAAACACAGGAGGGAUUUUCCAGCUUAGACAGGGUCACUCUCGUAGAGUUCAGGUGAUGGUUAAACCAGUGCAGCAUUCGGGAACAUUGCCGCUUAUAGUAGAAGCCAUUCUGUCUGUUUCCAUUGGCUGUGUGACUGCCAGAUCAACCAAAUUGCAACGGGGCCUGGACAGUUACCAGAAAGGAGAUGAUGAUGGUGGUGGUGAUAUGGAUAGUUACCAGGAAGAAGACUUAAAUUGUGUGAGAGAGAGAUGGUCCGAGGCACUCAUAAAACGCAGAGAAUACUUAGAUGAGCAGAUUAAAAAAAUCAGCAAUAAACAAGAUAAAACAGAAGAUGACAUAGAAAGAGAAGCACGGCUUGUAGAACAGUGGGUAGGGCUAACAGAAGAAAGAAAUGCUGUGCUGGUCCCAGCACCAGACAGUGGAAUCCCAGGUGCUCCAGCAAACUGGAUUCCACCUUCUGGAAUGGAAACACACACACCUGUACUUUUCCUUGAUUUGAAUGCUGAUGACCUCAGUGCCAAUGAACAGCUUAUAGGUCCGCAUGCAUCAGGAGUAAAUUCAAUACUACCGAAGGAGCAUGGAAGUCAGUUCUUUUAUCUGCCAAUCAUAAAACACAGUAAGGAUGAGGUUUCAGCCACUGCUGCAUGGGACUCUUCUGUGCAUGAUUCAGUGCACUUGAAUAGAAUAACACCUCAAAAUGAGAGAAUCUACUUGAUUGUGAAAAUUACAGUGCAACUCAGCCAUCCUGCUGCAAUGGAACUGGUGUUACGUAAAAGGAUUGCUGCAAAUAUUUACAAUAAACAGAGUUUUACCCAAAGUCUCAAACGAAGAAUAUCCCUGAAGAAUAUGUGGUAUGCUUCUGGUGUGACCUAUGAAAUUGUAUCAAAUAUACCAAAGGCCACAGAAGAAAUUGAAGAUCGGGAGACUUUGGCUCUGAUGGCAGCCAAGAAUGAAAAUGAAGGUACAUCUGAUGGUGAAACUUAUAUUGAGACGUAUACUCGUGGAGUGUUGCAGGUGGAAAACAUUUUGAGUCUUGAACGAUUAAGACAGGCAGUCACAGUCAAAGAGGCUCUUUCUACUAAGACUCGACACAUACAGAGGAGUGUCAGCACACCGAACGUCCACAACGUAUCCUGCAGUCGUUUAGAUCUUUCUGGCUGUGAUGAAGAUAAGGAUUGGUCAGAAGGUCAUCCAGAUGUAUUAGAUUGUUCCUUCAGUUAUCAAGAUGUAUCAUGUUAUGGUACUUUACCUAGGGAUUCACCUCGCAGAAAUAAAGAUGCCUGUGAACCUGUAAGUUCAGUGGCAGAGCAAGGAUUUGAAUGUGGGUCUCCCUGGUCCAAGUUCAGCACUCCAGCCACUACACCAUACUGGCUCCAGAGGCAUGGUUUUAAUAUUGGCAUGCUUGGAGCAGGUUAUGUAUCGGAGGGUCCACAUGCAUCAACUGUUAGUCCAUUUAAAGCAUUUUCUCCACAGCCACCCAAGUUUUUCAAACCUUUAAUGCCAGUAAAAGAAGAGAAUAAAAAAAUAUCUGUUGAAACUCGGCCUCUACUUAGCAAAGAGAGCAUGCCAUCAUCUCAGGUACAUAGCGCUGGUUGUGUUAUGCCCUCAGGAAGUAUUGCCAGUAGCAUGCCAGUAGAACACAAUAGCGUACAUGAGGAAAAUAUUCAGGACUCUGAGGAUGAUGACGAGUUGGAGGCCAUUAACAAGGAGCCUUAUGUGCCUGAGGAAUUUGCUGACUUCAGUGUCUACAACGCUAGCCUGGAAAAUAGGGAAUGGCUAUCCUCAAAAGGAGACUUUGUAAACUCUCGUGUUCUUGAGAAAGUAUCUCGUAGCCCUACCACUAGCAGUAUUACUAGUGGCUACUUUUCCCACAGUGCCUCAAAUGCUACUUUGUCUGAUAUGCUUGUUCCCUGUAGUGAUAGCACAGACCAACUGGCCAAUCAGAUGAGGGAUUUAGAUUCUAAUGACCAUUCUGUAGCCCAUUUAGCCCAUGAUUUAAGAUCUUCAAACAAGGAGACUUCAGAACCAGAAUGGGACUUGGUUAAAUAUAAGACAUUCGUUUCACCAGUCAAAGGAAUUAGUGCCUUAGCAACAGAGAUUCCGAUGUAUGAAAGUACUAGCACCAUUCCCACACAGUUACAGUGCUCAGCGUUGGAUUCCUCAGGUAAUAAAAAAUCACAGCAUGGGAUUGAAUUUUCAUUUCGAGAAGCAACAGUUGAACACACUUCAAAUAUUUUUGAGGAUCAUGCAUUUACAGAAUUCAUGGGUGUUGAAGAUGGAAAGGAUCUUGAAUAUUCUGUAGGUCCACAGUUCUGUUCCCGUGGCUCUUCUAGUAGAAAAAAAAAAGUCUCAACAACUGGAAUGAACUGUGCUUCAGACUUCUCAAAUAUUUACAACCAGGACAGUCCUAUGAGCCAUUUGCAGUCUGCACCACUGGAAUACCAGCAGUCAAACAGUAUUGAAAAUCCUUUGUCUAUCAGACCAAAAGAGGCUUCAUAUUGUCAGAUGCAUGCAGAUUCUUUCCUAGCAGAUGACUUCAGUGGAAAAAAUUAUUUAGAUGUCUCUGGUUGUGAAGAUGUUACUUCUGAAGAGCACCCUAACUGGAUGGCAGUGGGGGAACAAGUGUAUAUUGGUAGUAACAAGGCAGGCAUAAUCAGAUAUGUUGGGCCUGUGGAUUUUUCAGCUGGUACCUGGGUUGGUGUUGAGUUACAUUUCCAAACAGGGAAACAUGAUGGAACUGUAAAAGGAAGAGAGUACUUCCAAUGCAAGCCACGACAUGGAGUGUUUGUUCGUCCUGAAUGCCUCACUAAAGCACCAGCUCCAACAAAGAUACACAGUAGCACUUCACAGUCUCAGGUCUACCAGACAAUCUGGAUGCAGAAACAGUAUUACUGCAGAGAAGGAGGUAGGCAAAAAUUUCAACAAAUAGCUUUUUGGGAAAGUAGGGAGAAAACACAAAGCAGCAGUAAUGAAUCACAACUACAAAUCAUGCACUGUUUGUUGCUGUCUAUGACCAAGCUCAGAUAAAAAGUUCAAAAGUGUUUUAAUCUGUAAAGUUCAUCUUUAAUUGUGGAUUUGUAUUAUGCGUUUGAGGUGUUGGGAAGCUAUUCUAUGUAUAGAUACUGUCUUGAAUAUUUGUAAAGUAGCAAAUGGUAAAAAAAGAAAAAUAUGAAUAAUUGUAUUCUUUAUAUUUUAGAAAAUAAUUGAGAUAAUGGGACCUUACAGACAAGCUGCUGCUGUUCUUCAAUGUAUGUGUAUAGUAAGCUAACUCCUAGUAUUUGGCAAUUACUGUAAAUAAGUGUAAUUUAUAUUAUAUUUCUGCUAUACUGUAUUUAAAUGGUACAGAACAUUUGUGUGUUAGAAUACAGAUGGUCUACUUCAGAUUUUAUAAAUGUUGUGCCUGUUUGACUUCUUAUUCUGUAACAUAAGAGUGUUAUCCAUUAUAAUGCUUAAUUAGUUACUAAUUCAUGCCCUCAUAAAUGCUGUAUUUACCUUUUUUAUAUACUGAAAAGAGGAUACAGUAUUAAAUGGGGUAUAUACAUCUCUGAUCUCAUCAAAAGACCCUGCAAUAUAAUUUUUUAACAUAGAUUAUGGGUACAUACUAUGAUUGCUACUUUCAAUUUCUAAAUUGUUCAGAUUAUUAGUAUGUGGCUCCUGGGAAAUAGCUACACUGCCAUGCUUUUUUUAAAAAAAAAACUGUGAUCUUAAGUAACAGUUAUUUGUUCCAGCAAUAACUUUAGCAGUACUCCUCUUCUAUAUUGGCUGCACCAUCAGUGUAAUAUGGAGUUUAUACUCCUGUUUGUUACAUUACACAUGUUUAGAUAUUGCAUUACACUGGCUUAGCAAGAUGUGAAUGAACCUAACUACUUUCUGGCUUCUCACGCUCCCCUGUCCUCCUCUCAUACAGCAAGGAGGAAUUUGGAAACUUCAGCUUCUGCAUUUGAUUAACUGCAGUUUGUUUUGUUCAAACAUGAUAAACUGUGGUUAGCAAUAACAAUGCUUAAUUUAAAAUAAGCCAACUUCAAACGUGGUUUAUGAAACUAGCCUGUUUAAACAAACUUUUUAAUGAUCACAGCUCACGGUUCCUGUGUCUGAGAAAUUGGUCAAUUGCCUGUCUUGGAUGGGGUUGCCUUGUUCCUGAAGGAGCAGAUACACAGUCUGGGGGCGCUUCUGGAUCCAGUUCUUAUGCAUCCUGGAGGCCCAGGUAGUCUCAGGGGAUAGAAGUGCCUUUUAUCAGCUGUGCUUAGUAAGACAACUACUACCAUACCUGGACUCAGAAGAGCCUCACCACAGUAGUUCAAGCAUUGGUGACUUCAAGACUGGGUUACUGCAGUGCACUCUAUGUGGGACUUCCCUUGCACUUGACCCAGAAACUGCAGUUAGUACAGAAUGCUGCAGCCAAAUUACUGACAGGAGCGAGACACUGUCAGCAUAUAACACCUCUGCUCAGGGAUCUGCAAUGGUUGCCAAUUUGCUACCAGGCCAAGUUCAAGGUGUUACUAUUGGUAUAUAAAACCGUAGCAGCUUGGGACCAAUUUACUUUCAGGACCACUUUACCCCGUAAGUGCCUACUCUAGCACUUCAAUCUGUAGAACAGGCAUUGUUACAGGUGCCAUGUAAUAUAUGUUCUUGUAAGAAAUCUUUUUUUUAGUAUGGCAGCACUUUGGAACUUCCUGCCUAUUGACAUCAUACAGGCGCCUUUGCUAUAUUCUUUUUGGCGCCUGCUUGAAACUUUUGUUUAGACAAGCCUAUCCAGAUGCAUAGAUGCUGAUGUGUUUUAAUUUUUUUGGUCUGCUGUUGUUUUUAGUUUGUUUUUAAAUGUUUUUAACUUUUAUCAAUAAUUUUAAUGUCUAUUAUAAACCACAGAGGUUUUUUUACAACCAAGCAGUGUGUGUGUAUAUAUAUAUCUAUAUAGAUAGAUAUAGAUAGAUAGAUAUAGAUAUAUAUAAAUGGGUUUGGACUAUGCAGCAAGCUAUGUUUAACUACACAGAAAAGUGAAAACGUCUGAACUACUCCUCCUGGCCGUGUGAGAAGAGAGGAGGGGGAGUAGGAUGGAUUUGGCUGUGUCUCACUAAACUGUAGUUUGGCUGCAUUUGGAUAUCAAGCUAGUGUGUCUGCUCCUAUUGUGAUGAAGUCUUUUUACUGCUGAAAUUGUUUUUUGAGAAGGUAGGUGAGACUAAACCACUGUAAAGCACAAAAGUGCUACUAAAAUACAAUAAUUUUUUGUAAUGAACCUGGAAUAAAUAAUAAAUAUUUG